AUGCCUCCGCUCCCGGAUGUCUUCGGAGAAUGGGACAGUGCGAUGCGCGCCGUCAUGAAGGAGCUUCAAACGGCGACAAAGACCAACUCGGAACCGCUGGAGACGAAUACCCUCUCCAGUAUCGUCAAAGGGUUUCAGACUUCGGCUUCGAUAUUUGCAGCGAAGACGGAUGAAGCUCGCAGGGCUCUGAUAGAAGCGCUUCAUCACGUUCCCCAAGCUCAUGUGAACCGCUUCCUGAGUCGUGUCUUGCCGCCACUCCCAGAAGUCUUCGGCGACCGGGACGCCGCAGUGCUCGCUGUUAUGGAAGAGCUUCAGACUAAGGUCAACGAUCGUGCUGCUCUUGUGCGGGACGGCGAUGAGUACGUGUGGACCUCCUUUCCCGAGGAACCAGAGAAGUCCAAUAGCCCCGAGCCCGUGGUGUUCGCGCAGUUAGAAGGUAUCGUUCGUGAUAUCUCAGAAGCCGUUUCGCGCCUCUACCCGACGGAUAAUCCCGCGCAAAGCUUUGUCUAUGUCAAUAAUCCCCACAGGACUCCUGUAAGCCAUCACCGCGGGGAGUUCAACAAGUCUCGCCCGGAUGGAUACUUCGUCAAUUGGUCCGGGCCCGAUGCUCCGCGUGAUCAUGUGAGCUGGUGCGACAUUGGCCCCCUGGGUGAAUUCAAGAAGAAAGACUCGCAAGACAACGUGGAUGACGACGCUCAUAAAGUCCUCUGGGGCUUGAACACCAUCAUGCGAGAGGAUCCUCGGCGUCGUGCGGCCUAUGGAUUCACCAUCGAGAAUACGAGUACUCGCUUUUGGUAUUGCGACCGUACCCAGAUAAUUGCCAGUCUGCAAUUUGACUUCUUCAAGGAGCCUGAAUAUCUCGUCACGUUCUUCCUAAAAAUGAUGUAUACCGAUGAGGCGUCCCUUGGAUGGGAUUCCACAAUCGUUCGUGUUCCGCCCGGCGAGUGCAACCGGCAAUUUGGAUGCCACUGGCAGUACGACAUCACCGUCCACAACCGCUUAGACAAUGGCAACAUCCAGAAGCUUGUUUAUAGGACUGAGGAGCUCAUCUCACAGAUGGCGGCAGACGGUAUAUAUGGGCGCGGAACACGGGUCUGGUCUGCUCGCCUCAAGACCGCUGACGGUAGCAAGUCGCCCCUCGUAGUCAUCAAAGACUACUGGGUUGACAUUGACCGCCAGCGAGAAGGAGCCAUCUCCCGGGACAUCCAAGUCGCUGCCACGAGGGAUCCCGAUGAGCUCAAGUUCUUACAGAAGCACCUUCCUACCGUUUACGCUCACGGAGACGUCCUUAUCGCUCAUUCGUCUGACGAAACACCUUCGCUGGACGAUAUCAUCAUUAGACACAAGGGGAUUACGGCAUCCAUCGACUUGAUCUCCGGGCUCGCUCGAUCUCGCGAACCAACACCUGACACUCCAAGUUCGCACUUGAGUCAGUCGUCUUUCGUUGAUCGUUUUCCUCGAAGGAUUGUCCAACUAGAUCCCAAGGCCCAUUACCGUAUCGUGUUCGAGGAAUUCGGCCGUCCUCUGCACGAUGAGAAGUCUCUCGCUGUCGCGUUUCGUGCCAUCCACGACGUGUUGCUGUGUCUAAUCAUCAUCAACAGUUUGGGCUGGGUCCAUCGUGAUAUCAGCAGUGGCAAUAUUCUGGUGUUCGAGGAGCGUGGGUUGCUAACCGGCACCCAGUAUUUCAUGUCGGUGGAGGCUGAUGCUCAUCGGUAUCUUUUCCAAGGUGCACCAGAAUCACAAACUGCUCCUUCCAGUAGAGGAAGCGAAGCGGGCGGCUCGCUUUUCAAACUCGCCAAGUCCGUCUCGUUGAAAUCUCCCACGAUCCCGAACAAGCCCGCGAUUCCUUUCCGUUACCACCCCUUGAACGAUUGGGAAUCGCUUUACUGGGUGUCCGUGUACAUGGUCGUCGGCAGGAUCGUACAGGCAAGUGGAAGUCGUUCUCAACAGCCGUUCGACAAACUCGAGAAGCAACGUGAGCUUGCACGGAUUCUCUUCUACAACCCUACGGAACGCCUAUGGAUGUUCUUGGAGGUGCAGAAGACGGGUAUCAUCGAAGCGAAACUCUUGGAUUGUCUUCACGGCGACCUGGUCCCCAUCGCGGAGGAACUGUCGGAUAUCAGAUUCUUGUUGCGCAGUGCUUACCGGAAGGUUGAAGCAGAUCCCGAUCAGCAUCCUGACGGGGGAAAAUCCCUUGCCAUCGUCGCGGCAACAAUCCCUCAUAAAUACCACAACAUUUGCGAGUACUUGAAGACCGAGGAUAAGCGUGACCUUACUGUCGCGCACUUCCCGCCUCGAGGAGAUCUAGAAGCUAUCUAG